UUAAAUUUUCACAUCAGUAAUUGGGCCCAAAAAAAAAUUGGAUAUGCUAAAACCCUAGCUCUUAUUUAGCUGAACUGAAAUUUUGUCUUCGUCAUCGCCGUUUGGACCAAAACUUCAUCCAACGCCACCUAUGGCUGAGAAGGGAGGACAAAUUGUUCCGGAGUCUGUUUUGAAGAAACAGAAGAGAGCAGAGGAAUGGGCAUUAGUUAAAAAGCAGGAGGUUGCUGCUCUCAAGGAAAAGAAGUCUGCAAACAGGAAGCUGAUUUACAACAGAGCCAAGGACUAUGCAAAGCAGUAUGCAGCGCAGGAAAGGGAGCUCAUUCAGCUGAAGCGUGAGGCGAGGUUGAAAGGAGGAUUCUAUGUGAAUCCAGAAGCUAAGUUGUUGUUCAUCAUUCGCAUUCGUGGUAUUAAUGCAAUGCAUCCAACAACAAAGAAGAUUUUGCAGCUGCUGCGUCUAAGACAGAUUUUUAAUGGAGUGUUCCUAAAAGUUAACAAGGCAACAGUGAAUAUGUUGCACAGGGUUGAACCAUAUGUGACUUUUGGGUAUCCCAACUUGAAGAGUGUGAGAGAACUGAUAUACAAGAGGGGUUUCGGCAAGGUUAACAAGCAGCGCAUUGCUUUGACAGACAACUCGAUCAUUGAACAGACACUUGGAAAGCACGGUAUCAUCUGCAUCGAAGACCUUAUCCAUGAGAUCUUGACUGUUGGGCCUCACUUUAAGGAAGCCAACAACUUCCUCUGGCCGUUCCAACUUUCUGCACCCUUGGGUGGUCUGCAGAGAAAGAGGAAUCAUUAUGUCGAAGGUGGAGAUGCCGGAAACCGUGAAGAUUACAUCAACGAGCUCAUCAGAAGGAUGAACUAGGUUCUUGGACCGUAGUAUUUUUGGGGCAUUUUGUGGUUUUGGUUCUUCUUGUAAGAUCAACAAGUCUUCCAAUUGUUCUUUUUGUUGUCGAGAUAUUUUUGUGCUCUAAUUCUUCAUACUAUGAGAUAAUCUAUGGUUUAUUCAAAUGCCUACAGAUUCUUUGUGUUUUA